CCAUUAAUGUGCCUCCAUAGAAGGCAGCAUUUACAAUCUCUCCCUACCCAUCUGCAAGACUGGAUUGAUACAGCCAUCUUGGCCUUUCCCUACUACCCUACCACAUCAGCCAUGGCCCCCUUCCUGCACCUCUGUUACCAGUCAACCAUUGCCUGAAACAUCAAAGCUCUUCAUUUCCAAGCCAUAACCAGACUCCACCCUCCUUAAAUUCAUGUGUGCUUCUCAGGCAUAUUUCCAAAACCAGUGGGAGAGUUGGUGGAGGUUCCUCUGGCCUAACCACUCCUUCUCAUAAGGUGCCCUGGGUGCCAAAGCACUCAGUUUUCUGAGGACGGGUGACCAUACAGUUGUGAAGGAGAGAGCCGAGCCAUCAGGCUGGUAUAGGGAGUGGGGAGUGAAGACAGACUAGGAAAUAGACACUGCUUAUGGCACCUUCAGUCCCAGGCUCAAAAAACCCUCAUCUACAGACCAAAUCACCACAUAAGCUUCCCUACUACAUGUGCCUUAUGAAACAGGAGGGCUUUGUGAUGCAUUCUGGUGGCUUAGUUCCAUCCUCUGUGAGGUGGACAUGACAAGGCCUAGCACUGGGAGUCAUUAGGCACCAGAACCCUGAAUGCCGAGAUACAGGGAUGGCUGAUCUCAUAUGAAUGAGAUUUAAACCAUGUUGAGCCCUAAUUUUGUUCUGUGGGAUGUUGGAUAUCCCUUAUACAUCUAUGGCUCCAUCUUCAUCAUUAUUCUACUUAUCUGGCAAGUGAAAAGGAGCCACCACGAAUUGCGUUUGGAAGCUAAAAGGAGCUGCUGCCGGCGUCACCAAAAAGUCAGGCAAAGGGCUAGAGAUGCAGCAUCAACAGCUAGGAGACUUUCUCAGGAAGAAGCUGAGAAGCCACAGGAGCUGCUCUCUGUCAUGAAAAGUCAGGGAUGGCUUCCUCCGGAGAGAAGCGUGCGGCGAAUCCUGUGUGCAGAUCCCUGUUGCCAAAUUUGCAACGCUGUGGCUCAGGAGAUACAGCAAUUGCUGAUGGGUGAGAACAACCGGAAGUCCCCAACUUUAUCGAGGAGCCCAUCACAGGUCUCCUCUUGCCUAGAGAUUUUGUCUGUGUCUACUAUAUCCUUUGAGCAGAGUCUAGAGUUCCAUUCCAGACAUACCAGAGAGCUUUCACAGGCAUCUGUAACCCCGACACUGUCACAAUUAACAUAUCAGAAAUCUUUAACCCAGUCAGCUGCCCAGUCAACGUAUGCAGAUGGCAGCCAAGAUUACUGGGCUGAUCACCUCCAGCUAGGGCAGGAAUUUCAAAUGCCAGAUGUGCUACAGGGCCCAAACACAAUGGCUUCUUCGAUGGAGGAGCCAAGAGCUCCACUGAACCAGGAGGAGAUGAUGCACAGCAACCCCAGCCAUGUCCAGGGGAACCAAGGCCAGCAUCACUUGAAUUCCCAGGUCUCCUUGUUGUCCCUGAACCCAGAAACCCUGAAUCUGACACAUCCAAUGGCCUUGGAUAUGGUCCUUGCUGCCCACCUGCCAUUCCUCAGUCCUGAAGUCCUGAGGCUUCUUGAGGUACAUGUUAAAAAAUGGAUGCAUUUCCAGAGGUGGGGGCUCCCCAGACGUGUGGAGGAGUCCCUGAGGCAGCUUAUGCCAAACCCACCAUUGUAUUACCAGCCUGGAAAUGGACAGCCACAUUCUUUCAACCUGAAUAAUACUUCUCAGGUCUCUCUUCAUAGAUUUGAGAUCAUUUCCCACCAGACCUGGUGUUCAUGUGUGGCUGGCCAGCCUAUCCAGACCUUCUGGGUUUCUGAAUGGACUGUUAUGAACCCAGAGCAAAGACACCACUGUCAGCAAAGCCCAAACCCUGUGGCUCUAGCCUUGCCCUCUCCAGCCCUUGAGGCCCUAAGUUGCCCCCAUCCACUGUCUGGGAGACAAAAUAAUGACUCAGGGAGUGAUCUGCAUCAGAAAUGCAGCCAGCUAUUCUGUGGGCUCCCUUCUCUGCACAGUGAGUCCCUGAAUACAGAACCAAAGGAGGAGCCCACUUUUGUGGGCUCCCAAGGCCUCUCAAAGAAUGAAAAUGUCCCCAAGUCCUCCUUGAAGAAUCCUUUUCUCUUCAACAAGCUCUCCUUCCCCCAUCUACUGCCUAAAACUCCACCCCAGUCAACUCCACCCUCUUCCCCACUUUUCCCAAAAUGGGUUUCUCCAUCUGAUCAUCAACGAGCUCAGAUCAACGUCCCAUUUCUGACUCUGGCCGAGCGUGAAGCGUUGGAGUGGCACCUGCUACAGAGGCAGCUCCAGCUUCAGUGGGGCUUGCCAGCUGUCCUACAGCGGUCUCAGCACACCCAGUGCCCCAUGCAGCAUGAGCCCUGUGGCAAAGCUCAGUCUCCUGAGACCAUGACAACUUCCCAGCCAGGGAAGUCCAUCUCAGUCCUCACCAGGGAACUACUCUUCCCAGAGCAUGCCCGGAACCUGCUGGAAUUCCACAUCCAGAAACAGUUGAUUCACCAUCGCUGGGGCCUGCCUCAGAAGAUCCGGCAGUCCAUCCAGUUGCUCCUUACAUCCACUGACCAGCAGAGUUUGUCCUGCAGCAGCACAACCCUAGCCAAUGUGAGCAUCCCCCAGCCUGCAGCACUGGAGGCCAACGGGGCUUGUGAUGUGGCCCCAUCACCCAUUGUGGCCCCAGUGUCCAUACCCACGCCACACUUGUUAACCCAGGUCAAGGCAAUACUGCAGAACCACAUUGACUCCAAAUGUGGACAGAUCCACCAGGGCAAGAUCCCUGCCUGUGUACAUAGGUCCUGGGACUGCAGAAUUUCUGGGGGCCUGGCAGUGGCUCCUUUUCCCUGCAUUCCAGGAAGCCGGCUCCUGGAACUGCAGACAGCAAGUGACCCUGACCUACAUCACAAAGUUAUGCCCUGGAUGCCAACGGCCCUUGAUCAGCAGCAACAGGCCUUACCAUGUACUGCCACUGAACACCCUAAGCUGCUCCGAGUCUUGUCCGUGGAGGCCAUUGAGAAACUGGAGACAACUUUACGGCACAAGUAUCUGGCCUUCCUGUCAGGGCUGCCUGCUCUGUAUUAUGUGGCGCUCUCCAGGGCCCUGACCGUGCCAGUCACUAGCCAAUCUGUCAUCACAGAUAUGGUGCCCGGGCCUAUGGAGGUCCCAGCAGAGCUUCCGACUCAGAUGACUUCAUUUGAAGAUCAUUGUAUAAGUCUUGGGCCGUGCCCUCAAGACAACAACAAGACUUGUACAGACGUUGCAGAAGAGUUCCAGCCUGCAGUGCCAGUAAAAGAAACAACGGAGACGCUGCCUCUAGAAAGCCAGGCUCAUCCUGCUAGCCCCCACUCACUCCAGACACAUAUCUUGACCAAACUAAACUUCCACCUGAGAAAGAAGGUCCUAGAGAUACAAUUGGGAAUUCCCAUAAGAGCAAGGGAGUCCAGGGAACAAAGUGCUACAGUUCCUGAGAACAUAUUCACACAGGAGUCUCUUCAAAGUCUAAACCACCAAGGGGAGACAUUGCUCCAGGAACUUCCCAUCCCACCAGACACUCCUGCCCCCAAUCCAGAAUGGGUCCACCUUAAAGAACAGCUGGCCAAUGAGUGGAAGGCAGUGCAGCAGAACCAAAAGCAAUCUAAUUCCAAAACAGUACCCCAAAGUUCUGCCCACUGGGUCUCCAAGAUCUCACAACCCAGUGGGGACAUGACAGAGGCCCAAGUGCUUUGUGUUCAGGUGGAGGCCAAUGUGAACAACCCCAGUCUGGAGGAACCCUGGGGCCCUGAGCCUCAAAGCCCUAACAAGAGCAACGACCCAGCCCAUAUCUCCAUGUUAGCAGGAAAGAGAGAGGACCCAGAAGAAACCAAAGCAGCCAGGGACCAUGGAGAAGGGGAUACAGGGUUUGGGCUCCCCUCAACCAGAGAACAAAGACCCCCUGCUGAUGACCAGAGGCCAGGAGGGAUGCUUCCAAACAAGACACCCCGAGGCUCCUGGCAAUGGAGCCGUAGCUUUCAUCUUGCAGAUCCCUGUCAACACAGCCUCCAGCAUCACUCUCAGCUUAAGCUCCCACAGCUACCUACGGGAGUCCCUGGUGGGAAAGAAUCUCAGAAUGACCUGCAAGACCGUCAAACUGAGAUAAAUGCCAUCUUUGAACUAGCGAGGAUUCCUGAGAAUGCCCAGACUGUGGUGCCCCAGGCUUCACAGGGUCAGCCUUUCCUAAGCCUACCAACUCAGAGUAAGCCUUUGCAGGGCCAAACUUUGCAAGGCCAGGUUUUGCAUGGGCAGGUGAUGCCACCCCGUACUCACAAGAGGCCCAGCCUUCCAGAGUCUAGCUUGAGAAAUAAAAUUAAAUCUUUUCUGCAGUGUAUUAAUCCCAAGAUGAAAGGCAAAGGGCAUGAGGACUCCAUGUUCUCAGCUGCUUCAAAGGUGGCCAAAACCAGAAAAGAAAAUGUUGCAAAGAGCCCAGCUCCAGCCAAGAACCCUGUGGGGAGAAGUAAGACAGAGAAGCCACCAAGGCACUCCAAGGCCCAAUCUCGUCCUGCUGAGAAGCUGGUGGGCCCAGCCUUCUUGGAUGGUCCCCAGGCCCCAGACAAUAAGCUCCAGCUACGCUCCAGACAACCUAGCUGUGCCUCAGCCUCAGGCCACCCCCGCCAUUGCCCUUGGCACUGUCCUCGAGUGGCUUGUGUCACCAAACCAGGGCACCUACCCUAGCUCCUGACCCUCAGUUCAGAUAGAAACAUUGGUCUGCUCAAGGAGAAGAUGCAGAGCCAUGAAAAAGAGUUUGCAGGCUCCCCACUGCUGCAUCCCUCCAGAGGACCAGUCAUUUCCAUAAAUAAAUGUGCAGGUGGGGCAGGGCACCACCGGAAAUACACUCUAUAUGUCUCAGUAAUACGUUGUCUGUCUGCUCCUUGUCUCCACUGUAUUGUCAUAAGGGAAGGUGUGAGUCAGGCUAAGAAGUCCUUCCUGUCUAGGGAAGGAGCUUUAACUUACAUUUCAGGUGGGUCACCAUUCCACAUCAAAGAAGAAAAGCCCUUGUCUGGAGUGCAUGAAGUUAAAGGUCAUGCUUGAUUUAUGAACAUUUAGCAUCCACCCCACCAGAAUAUUUUCCACUGUCUCAUAACUCCAGGGCCUAGGAGAGUGGCCAAUGCAUAGUAAGACCUUAUAUUAGUUGAAUCCAAAGUCAGGGCUGUGCAGGCAGACAAAGUAUUGAUCACUGUAAUGGGGCUAUGAGGUGUGUGGUAGUGCCAUGGGAGGAAGUAAUCAGCUGGUAAGGAGGAACCCACAAAAAAAAUUACUUUGA